AAAAAGAGAGAGAGGGAAAGGAAAAACCCAUAACUCGAGGACUCUCAUUCUUUGUCUCCCUAACGCUUACUCACCUCUCUCCUCCAUUGAGUUCGCUGUACCAGCUGAACUCGUUUCUUCAAAUAGAACUCUUUCUUUCUUUCUCUCUCUUGUCGAUUCCAUGGGACAGAAUCUACCACGUCAUCUCUGCAACCUCAAUCAGCAAUCACUUAUUCUGUAGAAAAAAUCACGAAUAACUUUUUUCCCUGUUGACUUUUUUUUGCCUUGAAUCGAAUGGCUCUUUACCGUUUGAUUCUGUUCUUCUUUGUGCUAUCCCUUCUCGUACCUUCACUUGACGCCAGUGAAGGUGAUACUGAUCCGAUUUACAAGGCUUGUUUGGAUGAGUGUGAGAAAAGUGGGUGCGUGGGGGAAAGGUGCUUUCAACACUGUAAAUUCUCAUCUGAUGGGAAACCAAUUGAUGGGCCAUGGUAUUUACAAGAGCCCCUUUAUCAGAAAUGGAAGCAGUGGGACUGUCGUUCCGAUUGUCAGUACCACUGUAUGCUUGCUAGAGAGGAACAGAGAGAGAAACUCGGUGACAAACCGGUCAAAUAUCACGGAAAAUGGCCUUUUCGACGUGUCUAUGGGAUCCAGGAGCCCGUUGCUGUAGCAUUCUCUGCACUAAGCCUUGCGAUGCAAUUUCAUGGUUGGCUCUCCUUUUUUAUCCUUCUGAAUUAUAAGUUGCCUUUGAGGCCUAAUAAAAGGACUUAUUAUGAAUAUACUGGCUUGUGGCACAUCUACGGCAUCCUCGCAAUGAACUUCUGGUUAUGGAGUGCUGUUUUCCAUAGUCGAGAUGUUGAGCUGACAGAGAAGCUAGAUUAUUCAUCUGCUGUUGCAUUAGUUGGAUUCGGUCUUAUUCUAACAAUACUACGAGUAUUCAAUGUGAGAGAUGAAGCUUCAAGAGUCAUGGUUGCUGCUCCACUGAUUGCAAUUGUGACAACACACAUCUUGUAUCUGAACUUCUACAAACUUGACUAUGGUCUAAAUAUGAAAGUUUGUACGGCCAUGGGUGUAGCUCAACUUGUCAUUUGGGGAGUUUGGACUGUUGUAACUAGCCAUCCAUCACGCUGGAAGGUUUGGUUAUUUAUUGUGGUCGAUAGCCUUGCUGUGCUCUUUGAGAUAUACGACUUCCCACCUUAUAGGGGUUUUGUUGAUGCUCAUGCUGUCCGGCAUGCUGCUUGUAUCCCUAUUACAUACAUUUGCUGGAGCUUUGUAAGGGAUGAUGCGGAGUUCAGGACCUCAACCCUCCUUAAGAAAAUGAAGUGAUCGUUCUUCAUUGGACACAUGCACUAACCAAAUGGUGAAAUCUACCAAGUAGUAACCGAACUCACCCGAGAUCAACCGCACCUGUCCAUGAAACAUGAUGGCUCUUUGUGUCUAAGCGUUUUUGUAGAAUGCUUAACAUGGCCAGACUCUUUCGCAUUUUGUUUGCUGAUGGUUGAAAAUUUCUUAGCAACGCAAGGGAUAUUCGCUGUAACUUAAGUCCAUUUUUUUAGACUCCCGUCUUUUUUUUCCUUAGUGAUGAUCGGUAUAUCAACAAAGGCAAAUCUAAUUUCAAUGUAAAUUUAUGUGUCAUCUUUAAAGUAGCAUGUUUUACUUGCAUUGCUGGAUUAGUCAAGUCGUCUGUAGCAAUUAUGGCAUAUGUAAGCAUUCUGAUCGUUUUUACAUCGAAUCUUGUUCGAUGUACCGAAUACAAGUCAAACUCUAAAG